GAUUGAUAAUAAGUCGAAUCGAUCAACUGUCAAAUUCAGCAAUCUUUGAAUACAUUAGUUUUUGUGUUUACCAUUUAUUGAGUGGCCCAAUUUAUAAACAAGUGUAGAAAUAAUUAUUCUCAAAAGAUGUAGAGUUAUAAAUUCAUUGAUAUAAUACAAUUAACAUAAAAUUUUCACUCUAAAAGUUUAAGAUUUUGUUAACAUAACCUCUAAAUCUAGGGAUAUGACCCCCUCCCCUCGUGCAAUAUAUAGUUGUUCUAGUUGCUAGUUGCAAAGGACUCAAGUGUUGGAAAAAGUGAUUGUCCAAAACAAAACGCAUCGCUUUGCAAUAAUUCGUUCAUAAUCAAAAAGUUUAUCAUGAAUUCGAUUGAAUUCUAUACACAGUGAUUUGCAGUUUGUACAGAUAAAAUAGCAGGUACUUUAUAGUGGAGCCACCAGGCUAUGGCCAACCUGAACUUUGAGCAACCACCUCGGAGUAUCGCAAACGCAAGUCUAGCUACACGUGGGGGUGGUGGGGGGGGCUUAAGCUCGACGACCCUCACGGGUCAUGUCACACCUACCUCGGGAAUGUUCUCAGGCUCAUCAGCAAGCUCCUCGAGUACAGCGAACAUCUCGGUUAUUGGUCCCAACGUUUAUCCUGGAGCAACUGGUUCAGGAGGCGUUCAACCUGCUGGGCAUCAGUCUCAACAGCAACUUUCGCCUAUGGGAAGUAGGGGACUCUUUAGUCAAAGGGCUUUCACUGAUAGGCGUACAAUGCCAGCUCUUGGAAAUUCUAAUCCAAUGGGUAGUAUGGCCAGUUUUGGAAUACCUCCAAGCCGCAAUUACGGAUCUCAAGGAGCGAUCAACAAUUUUCAUUCGGUAUUUGGCAGCGGGGGUGGCGGCGAUACCAGUACACCGCCACUUUUGGACCUUUCAGAAUUCCCCUCAUUGACCAAUCGAGGUCAGGGUGAUUCUAUGCCUCAACCUAGUCCCAUGCCAGGGAAGCAACCUUAUGUCGGUAUGGUGAAACAACCAACGUCUGAGCCGAGUGAAUUUACGAUGAGCUCGGAAGAUUUUCCAGCUCUGCCGGGAACUCAAAGUAGGGAAGGACCGUCCCCCGGUGGUGGCGUGUCAGGUGAUAAAGGAAUGUCCGUUGGUCUUGGUCCAGAAAUUAGUCAAGACAUUCUACAAGUCAACAGGGCUCCAGGCUCGGAAAAAUUGCAAGCAUCUAAAAGAGGAAUUCAAACGUCUCCUGACGGUAAAGUAACAAAUAUACCAUCCAGUAUGGUCAAAGAUCAAUUUGGAAUGGUGGGACUCUUAACGUUUAUUAGAGCAUCAGAAACAGAUCCAAAUCUUGUAUCUUUGGCGUUAGGGCAAGAUCUCACUGCAUUAGGACUUAAUCUUAAUUCGCCGGAAAAUCUUUAUCAGAAUUUUGGAGGUCCUUGGGCAGAAACAUCUUGUCGGCCACAAGACAUUGACUUUCACGUUCCACCAGAGUAUCUCAUAAACGCUUCGAUCAGGGAUAAACUGGCUCCUGUUAAAUUAAAUCGAUAUAAAGACGAUCUCCUAUUUUAUAUGUUUUAUACGAAUGUUGGAGAUGUAUUACAACUAGCUGCGGCAGCAGAACUUUACAGUAGGGAAUGGCGGUAUCACACAGAGGAAAAAGUUUGGAUAACACAAGCACCCGGUCUAGGACUAGUCGAAAAAACGUCGACGUACGAGCGUGGUACUUAUUAUUAUUUUGAUGCACAAAACUGGAGGAAGGUAGCUAAAGAGUUCCAUUUAGAUUAUUCGAAAUUGGAAAGUAGACCUCAUCUUCCUCCGACGUUCCAUCAAGCUCAGCCUUGACUACAGAUCUGCCUGCAGACCGUUGUGCUGCCUCUAAGCUGGAAGCAAUUCAGCAAUUGUAUAAAUGAACAAAUUUAAUAAUCUUUAAUAAAAAGAAAAAAAUUCAAUAA